CUGUUGUUUCUGUGAUUCUUCCUUAUGUUCGUUCCUCUUCUACUUACUAUUUCCUCUAUUCCUAUUACCCUAGUAUUGGGUACACCAUCCAACGUAUGUCAGAGUAUAUGUUGGAAUACACCCUACUGUGGUGAUUCUGGUUAUACAUCCUAUUGUAAGAGUGAUGGCUUAUGUUAUGGCCUCUAUCAUAGAGGUAAUGCUGCAUAUUGUUAUCAACCUGAGGAUCCCUCUUGUAAUGGUGAUGUAUUAGAGCCUGUUAGCUGUUCACAAGAUGUUGUAGCUUCCUGUGAGGAUGUAUGUGAUUCCAUACCAAGUUGCCAUGCAUCCAAGUCUAAGUCCCAUUGCCGUACCUGGGCUAAGGCACCAGUAUGCUAUGGUAUAUUCAAGAGAGAUGAUGGAUCCUUAUGCUAUGCCCCUGAGGAUGAUGAUUGUCAUGGUACUCCUCUGGAAUGCCCUAGUAUACAACUUCGAAAUGAAGCUGUCCAUUCCCCUCUUACUACUACCUCUACAUCUGAUGAACAAUCCAACAAGGUUAAUGGCAUUGUUGUGGUAGUAUAGAUACAGUAGUAAUUCGUGAUGAUAGUAGUAAUAAUGAUGUCAAAACAUGAUGCGUUUUCAUGCAGGCUACUGGUCUCUGACGACAUCGAAUGUGUUUUGGGACUGUUAUUACCAUUGCAUCAAACAUCAUUAUAAUUCCACUAUGUUACUACUGCUGCUACUAUUAUGUUGCAGGAAUACGACUCCACCUACCACAAUUCGAUCAACUUGGUUGUACUGUAUUAUGGGAGGACCUGUGUACUAUCUAGUAGAUGUUGUAGCAACAUCCUCAAGUUCU